AUGGACUCCCCGACAGAUUCCUUGGAACCAGUUCUGAAGGCAGCUCACUUGAUCGGGUCUACCAUGUCUAUGCUCGGCGUCGAAGGCUUGCGCAUCACGCGAGAGCCCAAGGAAGCUUGGACAGAAGCAGUAGACACUGUGGCAGACCUGCGGCAGCAGGUGAGAGAAGUAGCUAGAGAGAAAGAUGCCAGCAAACGGCAACAGCUUGGAUCCCAGGAAAGCAGACAAGUUAUGGGGGUGAUCAGACUGGAAUUUGCCAAGACGCCACGAUGA